AUGUUGGCUCGUGAACAGAAGGCAGCACUAUUUGCUGGUGCGACAGCUGGACUAUGUGUUGAUCUAGCUCUUUAUCCCCUUGACACCAUCAAAACGCGACUUCAGAGUAUCUCACGAUCAGUAAAACCGUCGGGGAGGCUUCAUCUCUUCGCUGGCUUGCCUGCUGUCCUAUUCGGGUCAGCUCCCGGAGCGGCUUUGUUUUUCUUGGGUUACGAGGCCACAAGGAACAAAGCGACGCAAGUCGGGGCCUCGCCUUGGUUGUCCUCUAUGGUAGCAGCAAGCGUAGGAGAAUUGGGAUUGAGAGGGAUGUAUCGCGGGUACCUCAGCACAAUCCUUCGAGAACUGCCCUUCUCACUCAUCCAAUAUCCCGUGUGGGAGGCCCUAAAGACAUCCGUAUUUUGGCUUCAGCGCCUUAUGGAGCGAUACAAUCGCACUAGUCAUCGACAGCCAGGAGUUGAUGGAGCAUCGAGUCUGACAAAGGUGCAGUUCGCCUUGUGUGGAGCACUUGCAGGAGCUUGUGCUGGGGGCGUAACGACUCCCCUUGACGUCAUUAAAACACGGAUUAUGCUGGCAGAGGUUAGUAAAGCAUCUCCAAAGGGUGCUUUCGCCACGAGUAAUGUUCUUACAGUUAUGCGACUGGUUUACUCCGAGGCGGGCAUUCGAGGCCUUUUCGCUGGCAUCGUGCCGCGUAUGAGUCUCCUCGCAGUUGGUGGAUCGAUCUUCCUCGGCCUCUACGACAUAACAAAGAAGUUCUGGUUGAGGACCUCUGAUCAGCGAUAG